UUUGGAUACAAAGUCAGCACAGAGACUGACAGCACGGUCUACUGAAUGGCACGUCUUUUGCAGGAAAAAGCUAUUUGAUCGUGAUGGACAAGAAUCCAAACGACCCUUAUGAAUAAGGACUUCAAGAGCUUUAUUUGCGGAAUUGGGUUACGGACGGUGACGCUGUAUACUCGGAGGCAAUCACACGCCCAUGCGACGUUGUCAGUGGAUGUUGUGAUGUACAGUCGCCAGGAUAUAUCACUGUAAAUACGAAUAUUUCUGUAACGAACAAGGCCUGUGCUUUAUAAAGGCUACACCAAAAGAGGACCGAAGACACAGUCUGCAGCGGGAUUUUAUUUCAUAUCUGCGAUACAGUUGAGGAUUUAACUGAGGAUUAUCCAGAAAUUAUAUAAAUAUGAUCAAAAUUGAUAUUUUUUAUUUUUAUUAUUCGUAUUGAUUCUAAGAUGGUGUAUCUGUCUACAAUUGACUGCUCUUUGCCCAAAGUGUACACCUUACAGAAGAGCCUUAUUUUUAUUACUUCAAUUCGAAUCAGAUACACAAAUAUUUGGAAUUACAGCGCAUCCACGGAAACCUUAAACUGAUUUAAUCGCGGUUUCAAUAUUUUCUUUUGAGAACGAGCAGGUGAAGGACCUUUGAUCACCACCAGCCCGUUUUGCGAUACUGUAUCCAUAACUAGACAUGACAAUAAUUUAUUAAACGACUACAAAUGUAUCGUUUGAUACACUAACGGGCUUUGUCCCACUUACAACGACGAAGGCGAGUGAAUUAUUAUUCAAACAGACCGCACUGAAGAAAGGUCGCGUCUCUUGGCUACAAGUCUUCUAUUGGGAUCUAGAGCUUUUGGACAUGGUCACAAUGUAUCCGCUUUUAUUGAAGUAGGCUACACGCGCAAUACCUAGGCCGCGAGAUGUAACAGGAGAGACCACACCAAUCUUUCAUCGCCAAAAAUAGUGCUAUUGUAAAUGCAAGGCUUCAGGCACAGAAUAUUUUCUUAUUUGCUCUCUCUGCUGUCAUUGUCUCUUGUUUAAAAUGGACGAACCUUUUACCUUGGGGCUAUUUAAGGAUAUGCUAAACUGGCUUACACGUUCAAUGAUGCAUGGGAUUUAACCUGGACAAGCUUUACCACAGUCUGGGACGACAUUAGUCUAUGUGUCCAUACCGACCAGGAGCAAUAUCUGAUUCCGAGGGGAAUGCUGUCGUGAUACAGGCGUUAUCGAGUCAAAUAGUACUCCUGCGUGCGGUGUGACUGAUCUUUGGCCCAAAUAGAUACCAGCCAAUAUUUUGUCAGCGUUGUGCAGCUCUCAGUUGCUGUGGGCCUUUUUGUCCACCGUCUGUCCGUCUCAACACAGCCGGGCAGUCAGUGCAACAUUGUUUUCAAUGAAGCGAGGUGAUGUGCAGCCUGGGUCGUGCGUUAUUCAUAAAGCAGAGAAAAUUAAAGGAAAUAAAAAUGACAGCACACCAUUUUAAACUUAGCUCUUGUGGUCAACAACCGUCCACAGGGAAAAUCAGCAAAUAGGCUAACAGUAAUUCAUUAAAAUAAAUGUUUAUGAGGGUAUUCCUGUCUGAACUGAUCUCGCUGUUCUGAAGCGGAGCCCCACACAGACAGCACUACCUUCCACAAGGACAUCUCCUAACAGGACAAUGGUCUAUCCUGGGAGUUGAACAGACCUGCUUGUGUUUGUAACACUAACACAUAUUCCCUUUGUCUCAUUGGAGUCUCUCCUGGCAGCUUUUCAGACAGUAACCGAGUAACCAUUGACCUUUCGUCGGGGAUCGCCCUCUCCCAGCUAUGACCCCAGGGUCACCUUUGUGAACUCGACUGUUGGAGCACCUCUAUGGUAAUCGCGCCCUGUCACACAAACAGGGUGACACCAACACUAGUGACUGGACCUGGGGUUGUACCAGCAGGUGAUGGGAGAGCGGAGCUUUGGCCCUCUGGUCCACUGAACCCCUUCUCCCCUCCUCGAGUUAAAGAGGCCUGGAACUGGACCCAUCUCUGGCCGAUGGGCCCUGCAUGGAUCCUGGCCGUGAGUCGAGCAAGAGCAGGCCCACAGAGCUGCUCAGCCUGAGGACAGCCAUGGAGCCCUACCCCAGGGCCAGCAGCACCACCAACCCCCUCCCCUGCUCCAGCUGUGGGGGCCGCUGUGACACCCCUCCCCCUGGCUUCUACCUCUCCGCCCCCCCCCAACCCCCUCCCUUCUCCCUGUCCAUGGCCCCUCCGCCCCCCAUGUGUGCCGCCCCGGCCGUGGGGGUCGAGAACGGGGCCAGCUGGAACUCCUCCACCCUCUCUUCCUCCAGUUCCCUGGACACACACCCCAGCCGCCAGGGAGGCUCCACCAACCCUUACUGGACGGCCGUGUUCGAUUACGAGGCCACGGCGGACGAGGAGCUGACGCUACACAGGGGAGACCUCCUGGAGGUCCUCUCCAAGGACUCCAAGGUGUCCGGUGACGAGGGCUGGUGGACGGGGAAGAUCCAGGACAAGGUGGGCAUCUUCCCCAGUAACUAUGUGACACGGAGGGAGGGGGUCAACUACCCCCAGCUGACCCCCGGAGGCCCGGGCGGGGUGGGGGUCGGGGAAUGCCCCCUUGAGAUCGACUUCAUGGAGCUUGUCCUCGAGGAGGUGAUUGGGGCCGGGGGGUUCGGGAAGGUCUACAAGGGGGUGUGGCGCGAGGAGGAAGUGGCGGUGAAGGCCGCCAGGCAGGAUCCUGACGAGGACAUCAGCGCCACAGCAGAGAGCGUGCGUCAGGAGGCCCGGCUGUUCUGGAUGCUCAGACACCCCAACAUCAUCUCCCUGAGGGGGGUGUGUCUCCGGGAGCCUAACCUCUGCCUGGUCAUGGAGUACGCCCGGGGGGGGGCUCUGAACCGCGCCCUGGCUUGGAAGAAGGUGCCCCCCCGCGUGCUGGUCAACUGGGCGGUCCAGAUCGCCACAGGAAUGGACUACCUUCACAACCAGACGUUCGUACCGGUCAUUCACAGAGACCUCAAGUCUAGCAACAUCCUUAUCCUGGAGCCUGUAGAGAUGGAUGACCUGUGGGGGAAGACCCUGAAGAUCACGGACUUCGGGCUGGCGCGGGAGUGGCACCAGACUACCAAGAUGAGCGCGGCUGGAACCUAUGCCUGGAUGGCCCCCGAGGUCAUCAAGCUGUCCCUGUUCUCCAAGAGCAGCGACGUCUGGAGUUUUGGGGUGCUCCUGUGGGAGCUGCUGACAGGGGAGGUUCCAUACCGGGAAAUCGACGCGCUGGCCGUGGCGUAUGGCGUGGCUAUGAACAAACUGACCCUUCCUGUCCCCUCCACCUGCCCUGAGCCCUUUGCCCUGCUGCUGGCAGAGUGCUGGAGCCCUAACCCCCACAGCCGCCCUUCCUUCGGCAGCAUCCUGACCCGUCUCCUGGCCAUUGAGCAGUCCUCCAUGUUCCAGAUGCCUCUGGAGUCCUUCCACUCCCUGCAGGAGGACUGGAGGCUGGAGAUCCAACAGAUGUUUGAUGAGCUCCGGGCCAAGGAGAAGGAGCUGAGGUCCUGGGAGGAGGCGCUGGCCCGGGCUGCUGAGGAGCAGAAGGAGCAGGAGGAGCAGCUGAAGAGGAGGGAGCAGGAGCUGGCGGAGAGAGAGAUUGACAUCGUGGAGCGGGAGCUCAACAUCAUCAUCCACCAGAUGUACCAGGAGAAGCCCCGGGUCAAGAAGCGCAAGGGACACUUCAAGAAGAGCAGGCUUCUAAAGCUGGGCCGAGACAGCAACUCCAUCAGUCUGCCCUCUGGUUUUGAGCACAAGAUCACUGUGCAGGCGUCGCCCAGUGUGGACAAGAGGAAGCUGCAGGGCAGCGAGAGCACCACCCCUCCCGCCAGCCCCGGGGUCAUCCCCCGCCUCCGCGCCAUACGACUGACGCCCAGUGAUGGCAGUAAGACCUGGGGGCGGAGCUCUGCAUGUAAGAAGGAGGAGCUCGCCACCAGUAAGAAGAAGGGGCGGACUUGGGGCCCAAGCUCCACCCACCAGAGAGAGAGGGUCGGAGGGGAGGACAAGUUGAAGUCUCUAGGUGAAGGCUGCAAGGUGUGGUCCUCUAGCGCCCCUAACUUGGGCAAGUCCCCCAAACAUGCCCCCAUGACGGCAGGUUUCUCCAGCCUCAAUGAGAUGGAGGAGUGCGGUGAGCUGGAGGACUCUCCGGGCUCUCUGCCCAACACAGAGUCAAGUAGUAAUGGAGCGGUGGACGAUGGGGGCUCCUUGUGGAGCAUGGGCGCCCCAGGGACAGGGCCUGGUCCUGGGGCAUGUCUGGGGCCUGGGGUCCUGGGGCCUGGAGGUCUGGGGGCCCAAGUGGGCUACCAGGACUCCCUGAGGCGCUGUAGCCAGAGGAAGAAGAGUGAUGUCCUGCUGCUGGGCUGUGCCUCUCUGCUGGCCUCUGUAGCUCUGGGACAAGACCUGCUGCAGCUGGGGAGGCUACAGAUGCUCCAGGACGAGCAGGACCAGGAGCAGAGGAAGAAGAAGGAGGGGCUCUUCCAGCGGACGGGACGCUUCCGCCGCAGCACCUCCCCUCCCAGCCGCACGCUCUCCCUCUCCCUCACCCGCCACUACGACUCCGCCCUGGCCUGCAUGGACCCCUCCCCCUCCGUCACCCUCCUCUCCCUCUCCUCCCUCUCCGACUGCAACUCCACCAAAUCCCUCCUCCCCUCUGACCCCGACGACUACCCCGUCACCCCGGGCGUGGGCCUGGGCCCGCCCUUGGCCCCGCCCGCCCCCGCCCUCAACCCGCUGCUCGACCUGCGGGCGGAGAGCUUCAAGAGGGAGCCCAACCAGUCCCUGACGCCUACACACGUCUCCGCCACCAUGGCACUGAACCGGGGCCACAGACGCACGCCCUCAGACGGAGCGAUACGCCCGCGGGCACAGACGCUGGGGCACCGGAGGACCCCCUCGGACGGCAGCAUGCCCCUCCCACCCCCGCCGGGCGCGGCAGCCCCCCCCCUCGUCCCUCGCACAGGUCUGAGGGAGACCCAGGACAUCCUUCGACUCCCGGAUCCCUUCGCAGUCUUCCCUACCGUCCUCCGUCGCAAAGCCCCCCCUCCCCCCCUCCCCCUCCCACUCCCAAUCCCCCUCCCACUCCCGGUCCCCAUCUCCGACCCCCUCCUCAGCGACCCCCUCUCCACCCCCAGCCCCCUGGAAAGACCCAAAACACUGGAGUUCGCGCCCAGACCCAGACCCACCCCGGUGCGGGUCCGCCCAGACCCCUGGAAGCUAGCCUCCCUGUCCCGGACCCUGAGCUCAUCCCCGGGCAGUAGCUGCGACAGCCCCCUCGGGUCUGGAGACAGUGGUACCAGCGCCACCCGACCCAACCUGAUGGACAUGGACAUGGAGGGCCAGACCAAGGACAGCACCGUGCCGCUGUGUGGACAGCUGCAGCCAGCCACGCUCUGCGGACAGCAGUACUCAUAGCAGGGGCCCCUGGGUACGAGCACGCUGCGGACUAGCGCACUGCAAGUACACUGAAGUCAGUCAAGACUACAGACAGUAUUCACUUGACUGUAUCUGUACACUAACAAGUGUGCAAGUACACAGGUCUUCAUGUGAAGUGUACUAGCUCCCAGAUAGCAUGCUCAGUUAUGCACUAGUGUGGGACACUACCAAUGCCCACUCCCAAUCCUGAAAAGGUGUGUGCAGGGCCCACUCUGCUGUCCUAGGCCCAGAUUCCCCCCCUUAAGCACUUAGGGUCCAUCCAUCCAUCCAUCUAUCCUCCCCCUUCAUCUACUGGUGUGGUAGUCACUCAGCCUCUGUGGCUAUCUUUCUCUCACUUCAUUUCCCCUUAUCUCUCUCUGGUUCUUUCACUGUAUCUGUAUUGUCUCAGCACUGCUCUCUUACAGCCUCUCUCUUCCUCUGCGCUUCUCUCUCUCUCACCAAUGGUCUCUCUUUUCACCCUUUCAUCCUCACCAGUCACAACAGCCAUCUCUCAGCCCUGUGCCCCCUCCCUGAACUUGUCCUAACACCUGGAGGAGAGCUCUCCAGGAACCCCACCUCUCACCUCAGGGUUGGUCUUCUUCUAUACACUAACCCCCCUCAGGAAUUGUGGACUGUACCAACACUCUUACAGCUGGGGGGGUCCAUUCAUAUUGAAGUUUUGCACGCUCAUAUAUUUUGUCUCCCCUAGUCCCCCCCUCUUGCAAGUGGAUCAUCUCAUCUCUUGUUUCUAGUACAUUUAGUCAGGUACUGUAGGUAGGAUAACACACACUCUGAUCCAGAGACAAAUUUUCCGAAGGUAAUCUCUCCCACCUCCCUCUCCUCUCUAUUGCGCUUUCUUCAGUCCCUCCUCCUCCUUCCCCGGCCACAAUGAGACUUCCUGUCAGACAGGGGGUUGGUCUAUCCUGAUGUAGCAGUGUAGCCCUGCCUGUCACUGAGAACUCCUUAGCCUGGUGGUGGAUUUUUGGCCAACAAUGGUUGUUCACAUCCCACCUGUUACACCGACACCCCCUGACCUAACCCCUACACCCUCAUCCACCUGGGAAACAGGAUAUUGAACAAGGAAGCCAUUUCAACUCUAAAGCACAACUGACUGGAGGACAGGAAGAAGGCUUUCCCCUGGAAGACUGGACGACAGGAAGUUGAUUAAUUUCCUCAAAGCUUGCACCAUUCCUGCCACAACAACCAGUUAGAGACAAUUUGCUCUUAUUGGUUUGGCAAUGUGUGUGUUGGUGAAUGUGUGUAUGUGUGUGUGUGUAUUAGAGACUGUAUCACUGGAGAAGAGAACGAUGCGUCUCUCUCUGGAACAAACCAUUCAAACUUCCAUUCUCUGACUGUUGCUACAACUCUGUUUGGAAAUAUUUAGAAGUUCUCCAGAUGUUACCCAGACGUUCCACACAUGUUCCUCACACGUUCCUCAGUCCUGGACAUUCCGCCCGACAACCAGCCUAGCGGAAGAAGGACCAUGACGGGAAUCAAGACUCAUGUAUCCUCUCGCAAUAAACAGUGAAUCAACACUACCUACUUUUACAUAAGGAAAUCCCAUAUUUAUCAAUUGUGACUGUAUGUCCUUCCUGUCUCAGUUUUCAGCAUUCUGCAUUACUGGGAUGAAACAAACUGAGUCUUUGGUUGAAUUAGCCAUAUUGUUAUCAGUGUGUCUUUGUCAUAGGAGAACGAACUGGCCGGUGCCAAGCUAUGGUCGACCAUUUAUGAGACUCCCGUUUCCAAAUAAGAUACCACUUAAAGUGCAGUUAGUCAAGGCUACAGACAGUAUUUACUUGACUGCACAGGUGUAUGAGUGUGUGUCUGUUGUGUGCGUGCAUGUGUGUACGUGUGAGUGUGUUUGUUUAUUGUAAUUGUGCAUUAUGGGAUGCUGACAAUCCCAUUGAUCCUGAGGGGGCGUCAGAAUCCCCCCUGCUUCUCCUCGUGUGGUCAAGGACACUCAGAUUAUUUAUUAUUGAAAAUAUUGUUACUAUUGAAAAAAUAUGAUUAAUUAUUGUUAUUACAACUAUUUCAAUGGAAUAUCUGUAUAUAUUUGUUAUUAUAACAACAGACCAAACAAGAAAAACCAAGCAAACUACUGAUGUGUACAGUUACUACAACUGUCUCCAGUCCCAACCUGUGUCGUUUUUGGAUAGAAAAGAAGAGAAAAGUGUGAUGUGUGAUGAAUGAAAUAAUGACUGAAUUAAAGAGAGGAAAUGAGAUGCUU